AUGCCGUCAUCUAGUGGAGAUGGCAAUAACAACAGCAGCAGCAAGGGCGGGCUGUCUCUGAGUCGCCAUGGCAAGGGUAUUCAGAAUACCCGACGAAGUGUGCGAGGCAUUGGUGGUGGCAACCAUGGAAGUAGCAAACGUAUGAGCUUGGGCGAAGAGCUCUCGCGAAUUGACAGCAAGCGAGGUGGUGGUAGCAACACUAGUCCGUUUGGAGGUGGAGGCGGUGGCGGUCGAAAGCCCACCAUUGCCGAUGAUUUGAGCAUUGACGAGACGUUUGUCAGUGCGUCCGAUCCGCAACAGCAAGGAGGCAACAAGAGCGCUACCAACAAUGGCGAAAGUCCCAAGAGCGUCUUGUUGGAAAGUGCUUCUUCGACUACAGGAGACAGUAGCAAGAACCAGGAUUCGGCUGCCAAUAAGAUUUUUGAGAUUUCCGAAAAGGUCGCUGCCAUCAAAUCCAAACGGCUGUUCAAUAAAAAGGCACCCGUGCGACGAGCCAAUACAUUCCACGGCACUCCCCGUGGUCGUGGCGGUAUGGACGAUCUCUCGCGUUCCGAGCACGUUGUGGACCGUUCACCGCCUCCGCCAAAGGAGGACGAGCUGGGCUUGUCAAGGUCCGAACAUGCCCCCCGAAGCAGCACGUCCAUGAGAAAGACGGCAGCCAAGGCACAAGCACCCAGCAUUCAAGGCAUUUACAAGAUUAUUGACAGUAUGGAUACUACUACCAACGUGAGCAACACGACCGUGGCUCCCAACAGCAACAAUAGUUCCCAUGGACGUCGUCUUCCCCGACGAACCCGCACUGCUGGUGGAAACUUGGAAGGUAGCAAUCGAUUGGGAUCCAGCAUGCGUGGCAUUAAAAACCUACUCGAUAACAGCAAACACGGCGGUCUCGAUGGCAGCAAACACAAUGGCAUGGCCAACGAUGGCAGCGGCAAAGAAAAGAUGGCGGCCAGUGGCGAUGAUAGUCAAGAAAACAACAAUGCUGGUGCAGACGACGACGACAACAACAACAACAAAAAGGACGACUUUGGGACCAAUCACAGUCGCAGUUUGCAGGGUAUUCAAAAGUUGAUUGGAACUAUGAACAAAGACAAGGAAGGAGCACCGCCAUCAUCAUCCUCGAAAGAGAAAAAGAGUACGCCUCCGGAUCCUCCCAAACGAUCCAGUCGCAGUUCCAGGAGAUUGGUAGGUCGUCAGGAUAGCUUGGGACGCAAGGCCGAGGAAGUCCCACCCGCCAAGAAAAUGUCGGCAAACGAGGACGACCGGCGGCGUCGAUCCUCGUCCGAAGCCAAGAAAAAUGACAAUAACAAAAUGCCCACUUUAGAUUUGGACGAUGAAAACGACUAUGAUUCGGUCGCCACCCCCAAGACGGCUUCCGAGCCGCCUCCACCCCCACAAAAAGAUGCUCCACCCCCACCGCAACGAAGAAAUGUCGCUCGUCGACCACGAAACAACAAUGUGCCCAGUCUGGCGCCCCAUAAACCAGCCGCCACGGCAAGUCACAAAUCGGCACCGGCCAAAGUCCCCGCCACGCCCUUGCGAUCAUCGCCCGCGGUUGUGGACCCGGCCGCUACACCCAUUGUUAGUAGUACCCCGCAACAACUCACGACUCCACUACAGGCGACCAUGCCCGUCAUGCCCAAUGCCGAUUUUGACAGUUUGGCCACACCCAGUAGUGCGGGUAAGCCAUCCGCACCCCCCAUGGUGUCGCAAUUAGCACCGCCGCCACCCCCCAAACGCAACAUGGACCCGCGAUGGAAACAACAACGAGGAGGACAAAUAAUGCCCAUGGCAACACCCGGGCAGGCACCCAAGGCACCCGUCAUGACCAUGAUUUCACCCGGUGGAAUUGUCAUUGAAGUCAAUAGUAGUAAACAACAAACAAACAAAAAACGAGACACUGCUAUUCCCGAACCCAUGACACCGGCAUCCGCAUCACAAAUGACACCGGGUGGGAGGCAUCGCAACAAUAAUAAUGUACUGCAAACUCCCGCAUCCAUUCGCUCGCGAAAGAGCCAUGAUGGAGAUCAUUCCUAUCUCAAUACACCGUCGGUACAUUCCAUGGGAGAUAUCAGUGAAUUGACGCCGUGUACUACCUAUGGAUAUGCCCGUGGUGGUGGAGAAACCCCUCGAUCGCAGACGGUGCCUCGGACACCGUCUUUGUACCAGUCGCCGGGAGGAGUGAUUAGUGAACUGACUCCAGGAGGGUACAGUGUUGGAUUGUUGGGCGAUGAUGACUACCAAGGAAGCGAAGAAAAGGACGCAACAAUGACGCCGUCGAUUCCGUCUCGUGGUGGAUUCAUGAGUGAACUGACAUCGGGGACCUUUAGUAUUUUGCUCGAGGAACAAUCGGAAGAUGAUGGUGCCGACAUGACACCCAGUACGCCAUCCUUGCAUUCGCCUGCGGGUGUCGUCAGCGAAUUGACUCCUGGAACCUACGGAACUGCGACCUAUGGAAUCAGUACGAUCGGCGAAGACAGUAGUGGCGGAAGCAGGAGCAACAUUGCACCCGUUCCGAGUACACCUUCCCUGCACAAAGACUCUGGCAUUGUCAAUACUUCUUCUGUCCCCAUUCCAAUCACCCCAACAAUCCAUUCCCCGGCGGGAAUUGUCAGCGAGCUCUCGGGUGGCAGCGAACCAAGUUUCCACAGCCGAGGCCGGAACAAUACUGGACUGAGCAAUCUUUCGGGUCACUCGGGUGUCGUCAGUGAGUUGACCUACAGUCAAGCAAGUGGAUCUACUGGACAGGUGGUUGGAUAG